AUGCCGAAAGGCAGGGAUGAUGUGCCGCCCGCCUUCGUGCCCUCUGGAUGGCUGAACGUGCAGAGGGAGGCAAUCCAAAAGGAGCGCAAGCACUUCGCAGAGAGCAGCCGGCAAUGGCAGCUAGCUCGCGACGGGACAGCAGGGCCGUUCCGCGCCCUGCACCCCCGAUUCACGCAGGAGGUUCGUUUCACCCGUGCCGCCGCCAGGAUGGUCCAGGAGCGCUACGCCGGCUCCCGGGCCGGCGCGCCCCCUCCGGCCGGCGUCGGUAGCGCGGACGACUACGGCGCGGUGCUCCGGUGCCGCUUCACGGGCGCUGGCAGGGAGGCCUACCUCAGCAGGAGCGACGCGGGCCUCAUUGCGCAGCUGACCGCGAGCGGCUCCCACGGCGGGACGCUUCCCGCGCGGCUGACGGCCUCCGCGUCCGCGCCGCAGCUGGCCGCGGGGUUGCGCUCCUCCCGCUCGUUCGCGGCGGCGGGGCCGCUUGGUCCGGGCUCGCCGCUGGCGACGGCCGGCAUGGCCACGCUGCCGAAGGUGGGGCUGCAGGUGGCCGCCGUGACGAUCGGCUCCGAGGAGACCUACCGGGACGGGAUGCUUCCCUGA